CACCGCCACUUCCUCGACGUGACCUGGCAACGCCAAAUCGUCAGUUAGAUCAGCAGUAGUUCCAGUGUAAGCAAAAAGGAAACCCCCAAAUUGAAACCCUAACAAGCGAGGGAAAGCCAAAGGAAGAAUCGAGAGCAACAUGGACAGAGACUGGGGCUCCAAACCCGGCUCCGGAGGCGCUGCCUCCGCCCAGACGGAAGCCAUGGACCGUCGUGAGCGCCUUCGUAGACUCGCCCUCGAGACCAUCGACCUCGCCAAAGAUCCGUAUUUUAUGCGCAACCAUCUGGGCAGUUAUGAGUGUAAGCUUUGCUUGACGCUACACAACAAUGAAGGGAACUACUUGGCACAUACUCAAGGGAAGCGGCACCAGACCAAUUUAGCUAAGAGAGCGGCGCGUGAGGCUAAGGAGGCUCCCGCUCAGCCUCAGCCUCACAAGCGUAAAGUUUCCGUUAGGAAGACAGUCAAAAUUGGCAGGCCGGGGUAUCGUGUGACAAAGCAAUAUGAUCCAGAGACAAAGCAGAGGUCUCUUCUCUUCCAGAUUGAAUAUCCUGAAAUAGAAGACAACACAAAGCCAAGGCACCGUGUUAUGUCGUCAUAUGAGCAGAGAGUGCAACCUUUUGAUAGGAGAUAUCAGUAUCUCUUGUUUGCAGCAGAACCAUAUGAGAUCAUAGCUUUCAAGGUCCCUAGCACAGAGAUCGACAAAUCCACUCCCAAGUUCUUCUCACAUUGGGAUCCAGACUCAAAAAUGUUCACGCUGCAAGUAUAUUUCAAAACUAAGCCACUAGAGGCAAACAAACCUCCACCUCCCCCUCCAGCCAAUGGUACUGCAGCGCCAGGUGCUCCUCCAAGGCCUUUGCCCCCACCACCUCAUGCUCCACCGCCACCCCCUCCACCACAAGGACUGCCUAAUCCUCCUAGAGCCCCUCCACCUCCAGUGCCUGGUUCAUUACCACCUCCGCACACCCAUGGGAAAUGGUCCUAGGCCUAUGCCUCCUGGUGAACUCCUAUAGCCCACCCCCCACCUCCUGGGGGUAGUGGGACAAUGGCAAAUUUCACUCCUAGGCCUCCAACGAUCCCUCCUCCACAAGGUUUUCCUGGUCAACAGAUGCAGGGCCACCCACCCCCGCC